CCUGCUCCGGGCCUGCACCGCCUCCUGCCCUCCUCCUCCCCCUCCUCCGACCUGGGGGUGCCUCUGCUGCUGCUCCCUCCUCGGCUUCCUCCUCCUGUGCCAUGUUUUGCCUUUGGCCCUUUCUGAAGCCCGUUUCCCCCCGGUGCCCCCAGCUCGGCUGAGGGGCCCAGCUGUGCCCUGCCGUGGGGCCGCUGGAGCCGGCCGGGACCGGCUGUGCCCGGCACGGGGCAGCCCCGGCCUCUCCUCACAGAGACCUCCCCUGCAGCCCCCACUGCCAGUGCCUGGGCACGGACACCCCGUACACCCAUCACAUUCCGGAGUUGUCCCAAGAUCCUGGCAGGAAUAGCAGGGAGCAUGCUCUGGAUUUACUGUCUUUCCAGAGGCCACUUUUCAUCUGUGAGACUAUUUUGCCGUCUAUGAAAAGUCCCAGUGGCCACACCAAUGGCAAGCUGGAUGCACAGAGAGAAGCACUGCCACUCUUCUGCAGACAGGGAAUCCAGGGAUAGUUGCCGAUCUAGUCAUACAACCAGGAGAGCAAUGACUAUAUCCAGAGGCAGCAGGAUGUAAAGCCAUCGGUAAUAACCUCUUAGUCCCAGCAAUCCAAGACUGCUGUAUUAGGAACAGAGGCUACAGAUUGGAUUUCUAGCAAGCUUCCCAUCACAACGAAAAGACAAGCUGAUGUGAAAGAGGAGACAUGUCCAUUAUGGGAAGGCGCCGUGUGCCCCAUCUCCUGGUUCUUCUCACAUUCAUGUUCAGCGGGGAAAGAAUUGAGGCACAAAGAGCAGGUUGCAAGAAUGUUCACUAUGACCUUGUCUUCAUCUUGGAUGCCUCCUCCAGCGUUGGAAAAGAAGAUUUUGAGAAAGUUCGGCAGUGGGUGUCUAAUCUGGUGGAAACUUUUGAGAUUGGCCCAGACAAAACUCGUGUAGGUGUGGUGCGAUACAGUGAUCGUCCAACCACGGAGUUUGACCUGGGAAAGUACAAAACCCGUGAGGAAAUCAAAGAGGCUGCACGAAAAAUUAAGUAUUACGGAGGUAAUACGAACACUGGAGAUGCUCUCAGGUACAUCAACACCUACAGUUUUUCCAAAGAAGCUGGUGGGAGACUUAGUGAUCGAACUGUUAAAAAAGUGGCUAUCCUUCUGACUGAUGGAAGGAGCCAGGAUUAUGUGUUGGAUCCAGCCACUGCAGCCCAUCAGGCUGGGAUUAGGAUCUUUGUUGUGGGUGUUGGCGAAGCCUUAAAAGAGGAACUAGAUGAGAUUGCUUCAGAACCCAAGUCUGCUCACGUGUUUCAUGUCUCUGAUUACAACGCCAUCGAUAAAAUUCGGGGGAAGCUGAGAAGACGUCUCUGUGAAAAUGUCCUGUGCCCAAACGUCCGUGUGGAAGGAGAUCGAUUCAAACACACCAAUGGGGGGACUGAUGAGAUUCCAGGAUUUGACCUGAUGGAUUCGUUCAGUGUGAAAGAGAUUUUUGGAAUGAAAGAAAACGGAAUUCAGAGUGCUUAUGUGCGACUUGGAAGCUUUCCUGUUGUUCAGCAAACUGAGGAUGUAUUUCCACAAGGUCUGCCUGAUGAAUACGCCUUUGUCACUACCUUCAAAUUCCGGAAGGCUUCCAAGAAAGAAGACUGGUAUAUUUGGCAGAUUAUUGACAAGUACGGCAUACCACAGGUCUCGAUCCGACUGGACGGAGAGAACAAAGCUGUGGAGUACAAUGCCAUCGGGCUCACCAAGGACGCCGUGAGAGUGGUCUUCCGAAACGCACGAGUCAGUGAUCUUUUUGACCGCAGCUGGCACAAAAUUGCCCUCAGCAUUCAGUCAAAGGCUGUCUCACUUUACAUAGACUGCAGGCUGGUGCAGAUGCUACCUAUUGAAGACAGAGAAAAUAUUGACAUUCAAGGAAAGACUGUGAUUGGCAAACGCUUGUACGAUAGCGUCCCCAUUGAUUUUGAUCUUCAGCGAAUGGUUAUUUACUGUGAUUCUCGGCAUGCUGAGCUGGAGACCUGCUGUGAUAUUCCCUCUGGACCAUGCCAGGUCACGGUCCUGACGGAAGCACCUCCCCUGGAAGUAAGGCCCACUGUUGGCAACGAGCAAGUUGGCCACCUCAAGACUGUCAACUGCUCCUGUCCUGCUGGACAAAAGGGGGAGAGAGGUCCAGUUGGCCCUGAAGGUCCUAAAGGUCAAAAGGGAGAAACUGGCACCCAAGGGCUUCCUGGACUCAGAGGAGAAAAAGGAGAGUCAGGCAGAGCCUAUGGCAGAGGAGAAAAAGGAGAAAAGGGUGAAGAAGGGCCCCCCGGCUUUCCUGGACUUAAAGGGGACAAAGGAGAAAAAGGGUCCCUGGGCUCACCUGGCCCCCCUGGGAAGGAUGGAGCAAAAGGAGAAGCUGGAGAGCCAGGACAGCCAGGAGCAUUUGGACUGCCUGGGCCAGCAGGUCCGAAGGGGUCCGAGGGAAAACAGGGUCCUCCAGGAAUUAAAGGCUACGUAGGGGCACCGGGUCUACAAGGAGAAAGAGGAGAAAAGGGAACACGAGGAGACAAGGGAGAGCAAGGCCUAGAUGGAUUCCCUGGAAAGCCAGGUGUGGAGGGGAGACAGGGCCCUGCUGGCAGCCCAGGCCCUCCAGGUGCCAGUGGGACCAAAGGAGAAAAGGGUGAACCAGGAGUUCCAGGACUGCCUGGCUCUUCGGUGCAUACAGAAGGCCUAAAAGGAGAGCAAGGAGAGCCUGGGCCACGAGGACCACAGGGCCAACCUGGACCUCCUGGACUGCCGGGAGAGGCUGGUCCGGAAGGCAAGCCUGGAGUCCCUGGUUUACCAGGUCAAAGGGGUAAAAAGGGAGAACCUGGAUUCCCAGGAAUCAAUGGUCUGAUCGGCCCUCAGGGACCGCCAGGGCCCCCAGGCAUUGCUGGACCCCCUGGACCACCUGGAGCACCCGGACUGCUGGGAGAGACUGGGGCUACUGGUAAAACCGGACCACCGGGACCCUCUGGGUUGCCUGGCAAAGAUGGAUUCAAUGGGCUUCCUGGGCUUCCAGGUCAAAAGGCAAAACAAGGGGAAAAGGGUGAAGAAGGCUUUCCUGGAAAAGCUGGCCCUAAGGGUGAACCAGGGAGCCGUGGCCAACCUGGUGAGCAGGGUGAAGCAGGUCUUCCUGGUCUUCAGGGUUUACCUGGAGUGAGAGGAGAAAAAGGAGACCGGGGAGAAAAAGGAAAAGAUGGUCUCCCAGGACUGAAAGGUGAAAGAGGAGAAAAGGGUGACAUCGGUUCCCCUGGACCACCAGGCUUACCUGGAACAACAGCCUUCUUCACCCCACACCCUAGGAUUCCUGGUGAACCUGGACCAAAAGGGGAAAAAGGAGAUCAAGGAACAAGCGGAGAACCUGGAUUACCUGGGGUCCCAGGUGAACAAGGUGUCCCAGGACCUGCAGGAGUACAGGGCACAAAGGGGCAGAAAGGAGCCCCAGGUGAAGCCGGAGCCCCUGGAGAGACUGGCGUGACUGGACCAGCAGGGCCCCCAGGUCCAAGAGGCUUGCCAGGAAAUGUGGGUGUGCCUGGAGACCCUGGACUACCAGGAAAGGAGGGAGCAAAGGGGGAAAAGGGUGAUCCUGGAAAAGAAGGAAAAGUCGGUUUACCUGGUCCAGCUGGUGAGCCAGGGCCUGCUGGCGAGCCGGGUUUGCCUGGUAAGGGUAAAGAUGGAGAACAGGGGCAAAGAGGCCCACCAGGCUUGCCAGGACCUUUUGGACAUAAGGGUGAGAGGGGAGCUCCUGGCCUCCCUGGACAGCCGGGAGACAGAGGCGUGCCAGGAAUCGGUCUGGCUGGACCCCCUGGCCCUGUGGGACCCCCAGGAGACAAAGGGUCAUUGGGUCUCCGCGGUGUUCCUGGUAUCCCUGGACCACAGGGGCCCCCUGGCCAGGAUGGUCUACCUGGAAAUCCAGGGGAAAGAGGACCUCCUGGAAAACCAGGUUCCUCGCCCCUGCUCUCUCCAGAGGACAUAAAUCUCUUAGUAAAGGACGUGUGCAGUGAAUGCCCUCCUGGCCCACCAGGACUGCCAGGCAUCCCAGGUUUCAAAGGUGAUAAAGGUCUCCGAGGACCACCAGGUAGAGAUGGCCAGGAUGGGAAAAUGGGGAAUGCUGGUCCCAGAGGUCCUGCAGGCCCACCUGGACUGGAUGGCCCAAAGGGUGCUAAGGGAGACCGUGGUAUGACCGGGGAUGCAGGAGAAAAAGGCGAACAGGGCCACCCUGGAAUACCUGGCUUCUCAGGGGCUCCUGGAAACCCUGGUCCACCUGGACCAGAUGGGGCACCGGGACCAAUAGGACCAGCAGGAAAUCCAGGAGACACAGGUAAAGAUGGCCCUCCAGGCCCACAGGGCCCACCAGGGUUGCCUGGACUUCCAGGCAUUGCUGGGAAUGACGGCAAAGAUGGCAAGCCGGGAUCUCUUGGGGAACCGGGAAAGCCUGGAGAACCAGGCCUCCCAGGCCAGGAGGGUGCCAGAGGCUUACCGGGUUUUAAAGGACAGAGAGGAGAUACAGGUCCCCCAGGCCCCCGGGGGGAGCCAGGUGCGACAGGUCCUGCUGGGCGUGAGGGGCCGCCAGGGAAGGAUGGUGAUACUGGUCCCAUAGGACCACAGGGCCCUCGAGGACUCAGAGGGCAGCCGGGCAAGAAUGGAGCGCCUGGAUCUGCAGGAGAACCUGGCCCGGCAGGUAACCCAGGUCCUAAAGGAAAUAAAGGAGAAAACGGCAGCCCAGGCCUCCCUGGCUUCAUAGGACCCCGAGGACCGCCGGGAGAACCAGGAGAGAAAGGUCCUCCCGGAAAAGAGGGUGCACCAGGGAAACCAGGUGAAAUUGGCCCCAAAGGAGAGAGGGGAGAACCUGGCAUCAAAGGCGAAAAAGGACCUCAAGGAGAAAAGGGCCCUCCAGGUGAUCCUGGGAUACCUGGUCAUAAAGGCCACCCAGGACUGAUGGGUCCCCAUGGGCCCCCAGGGGACACUGGUCAAAUUGGACCUCCGGGUCCUCCGGGACAGCCAGGAUUUCCAGGACCAAGGGGGGAAUCCCCAUCUCUAGAGACUUUGAGAAGGCUCAUCCAAGAGGAGUUAUCCAAGCAACUAGAUGCAAAGUUAGCCUAUAUCCUGGCUCAGAUACAGCCCACACAUAUAAAAGCAUCCCAUGGCAGGCCAGGACCUCCUGGUCCCCCUGGGAAGGAAGGACUCCCAGGAAGAACUGGCCCCCCAGGAGAGCCUGGCCGGCCUGGACAGACUGGGUCUGAAGGGCCACCUGGACCAAUCGGCCCCAAAGGAGAAAGAGGAGCAAAGGGUGAGAAAGGAGAGACUGGCAUUGGCCAACGAGGGGAAAUAGGUCCUCCAGGAAUUCCAGGCCUCCCAGGGGAGCCUGGCUAUGCCAAAGAUGGGAUGCCAGGACCGCCCGGCCCUCAAGGCGAAGCUGGUGUGCCUGGUCUCAUAGGUCCACAGGGACCUCCGGGAGUCAAUGGACAGUGUGACCCCACUCAGUGCGCUUACUAUGCAAGCCUGGCUGCCAGACCCGCCAACGUCAAAGGGCCAUAGCGUGCAGGGAGUAUCCCCAGACUUGUUUUUAAAACUUGAAUUCAUCGCGCCUGCCAAGAGCUCUCAGAUACCUUCAACUGUGUUUCUUCUGUGGGAGGCCUUCUAAAGACAACAAAUGCUGCCGGUCGGUCAGAUUAUUUUUAUGAAUUAUCAUUAUUAUUAUUGUUAUCUUUGAUGUGAUAUGUGAAUUUGGUUUUGUUUUCUCUAACAUCAGGUCAUAUUACAACAUUAAAAAUAAGUGGUUUUUCCUCUUUUGAAAAGCAUACAGUAGCAAUGCAUCAUGUAGCUUUUUAUACAAAACCAUUCCAAUGCCAAAAUUUUUGUCUGUUAUCUGGUUAAUUCUUUCCAAAGCUUUACCCCUCACCCUUGAAACUGAAAUAAAAUCCUGCACUGUGCAGUCCAGGGCAUUAACUGUGAGACACAGGCUGAUCACAGGAUUGUUGGUGCUAUCUGCCAUCCACAUGGAGGGGAAGAAGGCAAAGCCAUGCCAAAGCUGGGGAAGAGGUCUCCAGUACAUUCAGCUCACAGUGGACAGACAGCUGUGAACAGCCAAUGUGUGUUUUCCCAUGAAUUCCCUAUUAAAUUGAAUGUUCUUCAGCCCAUAAGUGAAUCUAUAUCCUAUAGGAGCUACUUUUUAUGGGACCAUGUGGAAUCUCACAGUAAGGCCUGAAGAGACCGGAGAGGUGAUCUAAACUUCUUCAUUGCUCCAUGUGCAAGAACUUCAGUACCUGAAGGGUUUGGUCCUACCAGAUGGAGCUUAGCUUCCUUCUGUCAGGGACAUGCCUCUGCAAAAAACAGUGACAUUGUCCUCCAUCAGCUCAGGGAUGCCAAAUUCCCUUUUCGCUGUCAACACACACAGAGCUGCCUACUACUGCUUCACCCAAAAAUCAGCCACAGCAGCACAGAGAAUCACCUGGCAUUAAAAAUCUCAGGAACCCAAGUCUGACCCAACUUCACUGUUUUGGAUGAUCCACUGUGAUUAUAACUUGGCAGGGUCGUGUUUUAGAGGGUAGGUCAGAAGUUGCAGGCUGGUCUAGGAGAAGGUUGAACUCUGAUGAAAGGGUCAGAACAAAAUGUUCUUCAGAAACCCAGAGGAAAUUUUGUUUGAGGGAGAAAGCAAAAAAGUCAGACACUCUCCCUUUUCCCCUAUCAGCUAAUUGCCAAAAUCAACUUGAGAAUGCAAAGUGAAAAUAAAGAGGGAAUGGAGUCUGAAAAAACAUUCACAAUAGGCCAUUUGUGAGUUUAACCCUCUGACCAAGACAAUCCCACCCACAAAGGUGCGGAUCUGAGAGGUGAUCAGCCUCAGACAUAUGUGCCAGCCAGCAAAGCAGCUGCGUUUUCAAAACUCCUCUGCACAAAGCGGUUUGUAUUAAGAGAUCGGAGUAAUGAACCUGACAUGGGCACUAAGUGCUGAAUGUGUUUGGAAAUCUCAUCGGGUCUUUUGGAAAAGAGGCACCCUGCCCUGGCACGUUCACCAUAGCGCAUGGUGCUUCCAAGCUGGCCAAGCUGAGCAUAAGCCACAGCCGUCUAUAACCACCCCAGAAUCAUACCCCACUGCUAGUGCUCAGAGAUAGUGAUUUCCCAGCCUUGGAGUCUUUUUCUCAUCCUGUAGCAGAUACAAUUUGCCUCUGCUUUACUGGAAAUGAAAUUAAAUAUCAUGUUCACAUGUCAGGGUUAAACAAAAUCUUUACUGUGUAGCUCUCAGUGGUGCUAUUUUUGCUGUUUCCUAUGCAAAUAAACUCUUUGAUUUGA